UUAUUUCAUGCUUUUUUGCUUAGUGAAUAUCUCUUUAACCAUCUAUACGAGAUACAAUGGUAGGUAAACUAGGUACUUAAUAAUACAUUUUAAUCUUGUUAAAUAAUUAAAGUCGAAAAAGUGAAAACAAAACAAUAACUAAACAUGGCCGAAUAUGUACGUGCCUUAUAUGUUAUAUUUGCGUGAAACGGAAUGCAAACGUUAAGUCAAGUCAAUGUCACUUUAAAAAUAAAUGUCGAACCGCAAGCGCAAGUUUACGAUGCGCUUGUUUACAUCAAUAAAAGAUCGUGUUUUCCUAAAAAUCAUCACAUUAAAACCUAUUAAAGUAUAAAUACCAAAUGUGAAGUGAUUUCCAGAAUGUAUUCGAUCAGGAAGUCAAUGAAAGAAAAUUCAUCUACGCCCAAGCGGCGGCGUCUCGGCAUGUCAAAGAUAUUGCGUUCGCCAGAAUUCUUAACUAAGAAGAACCCAGAUGUGUUUUCCGUAUGUAGUCCGGUAAAUGCCGUACAUUUACUGAAGCAAACGGAGCGUUGUGAAUCUCCCCCGCUUCCUUGCAACCAAAUAGAAUAUUUGUGUGACUCCGGUAACAAUAGUUCAUCAUGCAGUGAAGUACCAUGCUCGCCCUGCGUUUUGAACAGCUCCGUAGUGAGGGAUAUUGAGAACUGGGAUUCUUUAUUAGUAACCAAAGACAAAGUUUCGACAACGCAGAAUAUUGCAGAAAUUGAAGACAUUUCAGAUGAUAUGUUUUAUUCAAGAUUAGAGCAAUCAUGUAACGACGAAAUCCUGACAUCACGAUGCGAGCAGCAUUUUAGAGAAAAUAUCGAAGAAAGCUUUGCAGCUGUUAAUGAUUCUAUUUAUCAGAAAGUUCAAGAUCAAGAGGUUAAAGAUAGUUUAUUUGAAACAAAAGAUUCCUUGCUGGAUAUCAAAGAAACUUGUAUAAUAAAUGAAAAUGGAAAAAUUAAAGGAAAAAUGUCUGACAAUGUAGAAAAUUUCUAUGGCUUACCGGUUAAGACAAAGAGUUUUUUCAAAAGUUACAGGAAUAUUGAGAAAUUUUAUGAUUGGCAAGAAGAGUGUCUAAACUUAGAUGCAAUCAGAGAGAGGCGUAAUCUAAUUUACGCCUUACCAACAAGUGGGGGCAAGACGCUGGUAGCCGAGGUUCUAAUGCUGCGCGAGGUGCUCAACAACAAGAAGAAUGUGCUGUUCAUCCUGCCGUUUGUUGCUAUUGUGCAGGAGAAGAUCUGGGCACUCUCCCCAUUCGCUGUCAACCUGGACUUUCUAGUUGAAGAAUACGCCGCAGGCAAAGGCCACAUUCCCCCAAAGAAGCGCAGAAGCAAGCACAGCAUCUACAUAGCCACCAUAGAGAAGGGUCUGGCGCUGGUGCGGAGUCUGAUCGAGCUUGGCAGGCUGAGUGAGAUCGGACUUAUGGUUGUAGACGAACUGCACCUGAUCGGCGAGGAGGGGCGCGGCGCCACGCUGGAAACCCUACUGUCCACCGUGCUGUUCGCUAACCAGGGCAUCCAAAUAGUAGGCAUGAGCGCGACCAUCGGCAACCUACCGGAAGUGGCCCGUUUCCUGCGCGCCGACAUCUUCCAGCGGGACUUCCGGCCCGUCAAGUUGGACGAGUACGUCAAACUCGGCGCCACCCUGUAUAAAAUCAGUGCAGAUGGAGAGGCAGAGCCGGAGAGGGAAUUGAAUUUCGAUUACACACCAGCGGCCACAGCCCUAGACCCAGAUUGCGUGGGUGGACUAGUUUCCGAAGUGGUACCCUCCUCCUCCUGCCUCGUCUUCUGUCCCACCAAGCGGAAUUGCGAGAACGUGGCUGAUCUACUGUGCAAACUACAACGCAAAGAAAUGGCGACGCAUCGAACAGCAGACCGCCAGUCGUUGGAAGCGGCGCUGCGGGCGUCGGGCGCCGCGCCCGCGCUGGCGCGCGCCGGGCGCCGCGGCGUCGCCUGGCACCACGGCGGGCUGGCCGGCGACGAGAGGGCGCUGCUGGAACAAGCUUUUAGGUCGGGCGUGAUCUCGGUGCUGUGCUGCACGUCGACGCUGGCGGCCGGCGUCAACCUGCCGGCGCGGCGCGUCAUCAUACGCGCGCCGCGCGUCGGCCGCGCCUUCCUCUCGCUGGCCGCCUACAGGCAGAUGUGCGGCCGCGCCGGGCGCGCCGGCGUCACCGACUCCGGCGAGAGCAUAAUAAUCUGCAGCGCCGCGGACUGGCCCGAGCUGCGGGCGGUGCUGCGCGGCGGCCUGGCGCCCGCCGCCAGCCGCCUCGCCGGCGCCGCCGCCGCCCGCUGCGGGCUCGCGCUCGGCGCGGUGGCCCUGCGCCUCGCGGACACCAGGACCCAGCUGCGCCAACUGUUCAACACCACCUUCAUGGCUACGAGCUCAGAAGUAGACAUAAAGAAAAUCUGCGACGAGUCCAUCCGCUCGCUCAUUCAGAGCGGCGUCCUCGAAGUCGGACACCAGUCCAACGACGAGUCUCACACGGCUGCUGGACAAACAAUAGUUUACAGUGAUAGUAAACUGACUGUCAGUAAACUAGGACGAGCAGCCAUUAAAGGUUGCAUGGAGCUCUCAGUAGCCAAACAGAUGCUGCAAGAUCUAGAAACAGCUUCUCGUGGCCUGGUACUAAUGGGAAGCCUGCAUUUGCUCUAUCUAGUCACACCACAUGACGCAGCCGGCGUGAGACCAGAUUACAGGCAUUACUAUUCUCUGUACUGCAAUUUAGACGAAGACGCCGUGCAAACGGCGAAAAUACUCGGCAUCACAGAGGUGAAUGCCAUCCGAAUGAUGACUGGAAAACCUAUUACGAACGUAUCUGAAAAAGUUCUGUGCCGAUUUUACGUGGCCUUGAUGCUGUACGACCUGUGGAACCAAGUGCCCUUCCACGUCGUCGCAGACAAGUACUGCGUCUCGCGCGGCACCGUGCAAACUGUCAUGGCGUCCGCCGCUGCCCUUGCGUCGAGCGCCACUCGCUUCUGUGAGGAGCUGGAACAUCUGUGGAGCUUCAAAGCACUGUUCAGCGAGCUGUCCCCCCGCCUGGCGCACUGCGCCGCGCCCGAGCUCCGCCAGCUCAUGGAGUUGCCGGCGGUGAAGAAGGCCCGAGCGCUCCAGCUGAUGCGUGCUGGUUACAAGCGGGUGGAGGACUUGGCGAAAGCUUCAAUCGACGAUCUCACAGCAUCCGUGGCUCAUCUCUCGAGGUCCGCCGCCACACACCUCGUCAGCGCCGCUAGAAUGAUGCUGAUCGAGAAAGUGGAAAACCUACGCGCAGAAGCCGAAGACGUCAUGGAAGAAUUGAAGGUGUAACGUGAAAUCAUAAUUAUGUUCCUAAUUUGUAAUAAGUUGUCAUCAUAUCUACAGAAUUACAUAAGUCUCUAGUCGCUGUAUUCCGAUUUGUCCCCGCCCCACGUGACAGACGAAAGGUACAGACGGGAAUGAUUUAUAUGAAUGCACCUAUCCAUAUCUGUCCCCGGUGGGGUCAAAUGGGAAUACACCUUUAUAUUGCAUUAGAUUGGUUUUCUUUAUUUUGGUCGGUUGCGAAUGUUUUUAUGCAUUAUACGAGUAUUAAUCUUAAUGAAAUAAGCAACCUGAAGUAACAACUAGUGGCACCUUUAGAUUACGAUGAAAUUAAUUAAAAAUGUAUUACGGUUGAGAAAAAUAUUAUGUAAUAAUAUUAGCUUAAAUAAACUAAAUAUGAGUAAAGACUGGUCGAUAACGUAGUUAUUUUGUAUUCACCAACACUAAUGUAGUGAAAUUAAAUCUAAAUAUAAAAUGUGUUAGUAUUAUUAAGUGUUAUUUGAUUGAAAAUAUAUUAAGAUGAAUAUAA